UAUAUGCUCCUGCACCUGUGGACGUUGCCGCGGCAACGAGCGCGAUAUCAAAAUGGUAGCGAUCGAGAUCUUUUCAAGCUCAGUCGCUUACAAGUACAAAAGCAGAAUAUACUCCUUUGCCUCGAUCGUCGUUUUCCUGUUCAUCGUGCUGUCGUUGAUCACGCCGCUUUUCAUCGUCUACCAUGCGGGAGGUGUCUGGUUGAGAAAUCGGAUGCACGCGGAAAAGCCAGACGUGCACUUCGAAUACAAGUAUUUGCUGCUCGCGGAAGUGGAUCCUUACGAGGAGCCCAUCGUAUGCACAACGUUUACAACGUAUAAAGAAAACAAGAUCACGGAUCAAUGUGCAAUGAUCAAGGUGCGAGAAAAUGAUUUAAACGGUGACGGGGAGAAAGACUCGUUAAAGUUCGAGGCAUACUUCUACACGGAUAGGCCGGUGAAGUCCAUCAAGCUUCUGUUGUUCUUCAAUUUUCAAUUGAAGCACCUCAUACAAGCGUCGAUAGAAUCUAUUGGAGUGUUCGAUUACGUGUUGACUCACGAGGCUCAGGAGGUACGAUUCUUCGGCGAUUUGGAAUUGCGGCAGAAAGGGCUCCUACGCAGCGAGGGCCUCUAUGAAACGUACAAUCGCAGUCUGGAAUUGUCCGAUUAUUCUUUGCACGAACUUUUGCUGUACAAUUUCAACCGCAAAUUUUCAGCAAACAUCGCGAACGAGCGUGUAACGUGGCGCAGCGGCUUCUCCAGCGACGAGACGGUGGCAGUCGUCGGCGAGUUGUUCUACGUGGAGAACUUCAUUCACUAUCAGCCGAGCGUAUGGGAGGAACUCAAGUGGGCAUGGAUACAAUAUUUGUCGUGUUUGCUGGUGUUCGCAUAUGUAUCUAAGCACAUCCUCGUGUUUCUCUUCACGAACAGAUAUCUGAACACGUACAUUGUUAAACCGUGGGUGAAUAAAUAGCGGUAAAUAAAUUUCAUUUUUAUACGCGA